CUGCAGGUGAGGAGUGUUUACGUCUGUUCCUCACGGAAGUUUUAUCAAUGAUUUUAUAAAAUUCAACGUUCGUUUCUGUUUCCAUCGUUUCAAGACUCAACAAGAAGGAAACUAGAAAAGGAAAAGUAUCCAGUAUUGUCCUGAUGGAUGAGACGGCGAAACCUCUGAGGAUUUCACCUCAGAUAUCCAUCUACGCUGACAAGCACAACAUCUUCCACCUGGUGCAGAGCUUGUUGUCCAGUCUGGUGAUCGAUCAACCUGAAGAUCCGAUCUGUUACCUGAUCAGCCUGCUGCAGAGGAGCAGCUCAGACAUUCCCAGGGUGAUGGUGCUCGGUCCUCCUGCUGUUGGGAAGCACACCGUGGCCAGAGAGCUGAGCGCUGAGCUGAGAGCUGUCCAUGUGACCACAGACAGUUUACUCCAGGACCAAUCAGAGCUGAGAGCACAGUACACACUGCCAGAGCAGGAGCUUCCUGCUGAGCUGCUGGUCAGACUGAUUCAACAGAGGUUGAAUGAAAUCGACUGCUUCAACAGGGGCUGGGUGUUGGAGGGAAUCCCUCAAACUCAUCUGCAGGCUCUGAGUCUCCAGCAGGCCGGAGUCCUUCCUGAACAUGUUGUGAUGUUAGAGGCUCCUGAUGACGUGUUGUUGGAGAGGACUCAGGGGAAACUGGUCGACCCGCUGACAGGAGACGUGUACCACCGGACCUUCAUCUGGCCAGCCGCCGCCGCCGUCACUCAGCGCCUGGAGAAGCAGAGUCGGUCGGAGAAGCAGCGAUUGGCUGAUCUGCAGCGUUACCGCUGUGAGGUCACAGGUCUGAUCUCGGCCUAUCAACACGUCCUGAAAGUCAUCAACUGUGAUCAGCCGCACACUGACGUCUACCAACAAGUGCUAGCAUUCGUCCGGACUCGUCGUUGCUCCAAAACUCCCAGAAUCCUCUUACUGGGUCCACCGGGGUCAGGGAAGAGUCAUCAGGCCAGACUGCUGUCAGAGAAAUUCAAGAUGGUGGAUGUGUGUUGUGGUCAGCUGUUGAGGUCUGUAGCAGCUGAUGGUUCAGUCCUGGGAGAGGAGAUCCAAACAUACCUGGAUGAUGGGAGACCAGUUCCAGACUCCCUGGUGCUCAGGGUUCUGGAGGAGCGUCUGAGCCGAGUGGACUGCAGCUGCAGAGGCUGGAUCCUCCACGGCUUCCCCCGGGACCUGCAACAAGCCAAGAGUCUACAGGAGUCCCAGCACCAGCCCAGCCGGGUUUUCCUCCUGGAGUUAACUGAUGAUGUCUGCCUGGAGAGAAUCACUCUCAGAGCUACAGAUCCAGUCAGUGGAGAGAGGUUCCACGCGGUGACUCAACCGGCUCCGAGCUCAGAGGUCCAGAACAGACUGAGGACCAGACCCGAGGACAGCAUACACACUCUAACACACACGCUGAGUCAGCACAGGAUACACACUGCAGCCCUGCAGUCUGUGUAUCCAGAUGCAGUUCAUAUUGAUGCUGAUCAGGAUCCUCACUCAGUGUUUGAGGCUCUGUCGAGCAGACUGACAGAGGACACACGUGGACACACUCCUCUAAACUGAUCCUCC